GCAUGUUCAGAGGCCGGCUGAAGUUAUCGCUUUGGUAAACCUGCAAGGCAAGAUGAGUGAUAGCGGGGAGCAAAAUUAUGCCGAUCGGGUUAAUAUUGAAGAAGGAAAAUGCAGAAGUCGUCAUUUGACAAGUUUAAUAAAUGAGAAUUAUUUGAAGCUCAGAAAUAAGUGAAGCUGAAAUUAAGGAGAAAAAAAAUGCAUGCUAAAUUCAGAACUGAAGUCCUACUUUUAGAAUAUUAAGAAAUUUGUGUGAAGUGGGGAAGAUGAAAAGAAGUCAGAAUUUGAAAAUGAAGAAUGAAGAAAAGAAAUUAAAAUGAAGUUAAGAUAAGAAGUAAUCUGGAAUCAGAAAGCACUACGCUAAGAAUCAAGAUCUGCAUCAAGGAGUGGAAGUGCACGACAAUCUGGCAAGUCUGCAAGUCAGUCCCCGAAUCACUCUGCUGCCCGGUCUCGUUCAAAAGAAGGAUCCAGGCAUUCCAGAUCAAAAACCAGAUCCAGAUCUGACUCAAGGUCUAGAUCAAGAAGAAGUUCUCGUAGACAUUAUACAAGAUCACGCACUCGCUCUAGGUCUCGGAGGAGAUCAAGAAGCCGGUCACACAGUAGAGACUAUAGAAGACGUCGCAGCCAUAGUCAUUCUCCUAUGUCUACUCGGCGAAGGCAUGUUGGAAACAGGGCUAAUCCAGAUCCUAACUGCUGUCUGGGAGUAUUUGGUUUGAGUCUAUAUACUACAGAACGUGAUCUUAGAGAAGUAUUUUCGAAGUAUGGUCCAAUUAGCGAUGUUUCCAUAGUUUAUGACCAGCAGUCAAGACGUUCAAGAGGAUUCUCUUUUGUAUAUUUUGAAAAUGUUGACGAUGCAAAAGAGGCAAAAGAACGUGCUAAUGGCAUGGAACUUGAUGGACGACGGAUACGUGUUGAUUUCUCAAUAACAAAACGACCUCAUACACCUACACCAGGAAUAUACAUGGGAAGACCAACAUAUGGCAGUUCACGGCGCAGAGAUUAUUAUGAUCGGGGAUAUGACAGAGGCGGGUAUGACGACCGAGAGUACUACAGCAGAUCCUACAGAGGGGGAGGAGGUGGAGGUGGAGGAUGGCGUGGAGGACAAGACAGAGACCAGUUUUCUAGGAGGCGGUCUCCUUCACCAUACUAUAGCCGUGGUAGCUACAGAUCUCGCUCCAGAUCACGAUCAUACUCUCCACGUCGCUAUUGAAACCUGGUUCAUGAUCACUUCUAUGAUGUGUUUUGGUAAACUCUACAAACUUGUAGGCUUUUUGUGCAGCCUUGAAGAUAUAAUGCAUGUGUUUUUAUAGUCUGACUUGUGACUGCUAAAGAUGUUUAUAUAGCUUAAGCAAUUUUGUGUCACUUUACCCUCUUUACACCUUCAAUAUCUGAAUUCAACAAGCUAAAAUAAAGCAAAAUUUGAGUUUUGUUUUUAUUAUUCCA